GAGGCCCUACUAUGAAGCCCGCAGACUUGCCAAAGAGGCCCAGCAGGAGAGCCAGAAGGCAGCUCUGAGAUAUGAGAGAGCUGUUUCCAUGCAUACUGCUGCUAGAGAGAUGGUGUAUGUGGCAGAGCAGGGCCUCUUGGCUGACAAGAACACCAUGGAUCCCACAUGGCAGGAGAUGCUCAACCACGCCACCGCCAAGGUGAAUGAAGCAGAAGAAGAGCGACUACACAGUGAGCAGGAGCACCAGAGAGUCACACAACUCUGUCAAGAUGCUGAGGCCCGGGUUCAAACCCUUCAGAAAGCCCUGAAGAAGGUCAUUCUCAAGUCCAAACCCUAUUUUGAGCUCAAGGCACAAUUCAAUCACAUUCUGGAGGAACAUAAGGCAAAAGUUGUACAGCUGGAGCAGGAGGUGACAAAAGUAAAAACCCAUUAUUCUGUUGCCCUGCGCAACCUGGAGCAGAUCAGUGAGCAAAUCCACACACAGAGGGGAAGAGUCCGGGCCAGCAGGGAGCAGACGUCUGCUUGCGUGGGUCGAAGUUCUCCCGUGGGAGCUGAGGCUGAGGUCAGAGCUUCUGUCUGCAUUCAGAACAGCAGCUGUGGAGUUGUAGAUGGUAUAGACAACAACUGGGCAGUUGGAGAGAAAACACGGUUAUGGGUGGAGAGACAUCGAGAGAGUGGCUGGGGCCAAAGGGAGCAGCUGGAGGCUGGGAAGACCGGAUUUGAUUGCAUGUCUGUCAUCAGCUUGCAGACCAUCGCCUCUGAUCUGGAGAAAUGUGACUCGGUGGAUCACCUCUGGGACUUCAGCGACAAUGGACGUGUGCUAGGGGAAACCUGGGAGCCAUAUAGGAAGUCGCCACUGAAGCAAGUGAGCUGGAAGGGUGUAAAUGAUGGACCACAACAGGACACGCCUGACCAAGAGGAUGGAACGGCUGGAAAAGAUACACAAGUCAGCUUUGUCAAGCAGCACCACAGAAGUGUUAGUCUGUGAUAUGCAAGCUGAUGACUGGGAAUCAUGAAACAAAAUGUAAGGAAGUGAGAG